CAUGAACUCAAUGGUUGACUGAAGUGUGCAGUGAAUUGGCGCUCAAAACAGUGACUCUUUUGUGUGAAUCGUAUUGUCAUUUGUCUGACCACUUGGUGUCCACAAGACAUAGUCAUCACUCACUCCGUCAUCGAUGGCCGGUUCCUCAUUAAUGAAGAGUCGUUUCGAGAGUUUCAUCUGCGAUGCCAACGAAUCCGUUGCCAUUCAGUUGGUCUGCAGUGACAACGAGUUGGACAACGAGCCACACAAUCACGCCAUCAAAGAGUUUAAUCCGGAGUUCAGUCAUCAGCUGUUUGGUGACAAUGAGUCGAUCUUCGGGUACAGCGACUUAAGAGUGAAACUGUAUUACUCUUCGGCGAAACUGAACUGCUUUUUAAGCAUUGGUUUCACCGAUAAAGUGACGAAAGACGAGACGAAUGGCAUCGAAGCGGACGAUGUGGUGGACACUAUCCGCCAGAAGUUGUCGCUUAAGUUGUGUUCAUCGAUGGAUGAGUUCCGGUCUCUGCUGUCAAAAGAGUCUCAAUUCAUACCAUACGGCAAACUGAUGGACAGCUUCUCCAUCGACUGGAAGACGGAUGAGAAGCAAACGAAAAGGCAUUUCGAGAUAUACAGCGCCGACAUCUUAGUGCCCGGCUUUGACGCCUAUCACCAGCGAAUGCAGACCUUCUUGUGGUGGCUCAUCGACGCCGCCUCUUAUAUCGACGCCGAUGACGAGCGCUGGCAGUACUUCGUGGUGUACGAGAAGAGGUCGCCCAACGGUCUAAGCAAUGGUCACUUGCACUCCGACGCCCACAAUACCUACUGUUUCGUGGGUUACGCCACUGUUUAUCGUUAUUACGCUUAUCCGCAGCGAAUUCGUCCCCGGAUUUCCCAGUUCUUGGUUUUGCCACCGUUUCAGAAGUGCGGACUCGGGACCAGACUUUUGCACACUAUUUAUGACUUCUAUGUGACCGACACCGCGGUAUUCGACAUCACAGUCGAGGAUCCGUCGGAUAACUUCACGCGAGUCCGCGAUUUCGUCGACUCCAAGAACUGCCAAAAACUGAACGCUUUUAGUGUCGAUAAACUGAAACUCGGAUGGAAUGAAGACAUGGCCACCGAAGCACAGACUCGACUCAAGAUUAACAAACGACAGGCGCGUCGAGUCUAUGAAAUACUUCGGUUUCGUUGUACCGACAGAUCCAAUGCCGACGAAUACAAAGCGUUUCGGUUAGGAGUGAAGCAACGACUCAAUGCCCCGAAUCAGAAGCAGAUCCUCGACUACCAGAAGCUCGAGAAACUGAAGAAAUUCCCGGAACAGGAACUGGCGUUCAUUAGACAGACCACUAUUCCUGCACUGGAAGUGAGACUCGAUUUAUUGGAUAAACAGUACAAAGAGUUGGAAGAGGAAUAUCAACAUAUAGUCGAAAGACUGGCCGAAAGUUAAAUAAUGUUUUCAUCGGAUUUGUCUUUUUGUAAAUGUCAUCAUUUUUUUAUUACUUUAUUAUAGCUCUCAUAGAGAUAUGUAUUUAAAUGAAUAAUUCUUGCAUUUGGUGCAAAAAUCUGUUAAAAAUAACACAAU